UCGACUCUGGGCGGAGGAAGAUCCGGUCGCCGGCCGUCACCUCGGAACCAAUCAGGCCACCUGGCGGGGUCUGGCUUGUUGUGCCGAUCUGUCUCACUUUCGUCUCCCGUUAUAACGUUACUGCGUGUAUGCAGAAUGGCGUCGUUUGUGACCGAGGUGCUCGCCAGCUCUGGCAAACUAGAGAAGGAUGACCUGUCCAGUAAAAUUAGCAAAAUGUCGCGCAAGGUGGAAGAUACGAAGGAAGAAGUGUGUGACAUGAUGAACAAGCGGUAUAGUGAAUUCCUCCCGAGUCUUCAAGGAUCUCAGGAGCUAAUGGUACAGGUUGAUGAGGUUUCCAAAGAAAUGGAUGGCCUUAAAAACUGCAUUGAGACUGAGGUGCAGCAGAACGUCCACGUGGCUGUGGCUGAAUAUGCAAAGCUGAAGCAGCAGCUGGAGAAAAAUACUAUCGUCAUAACAAUGCUUAGACAUCUAAAAGAGUUUCACAGUGCAAUGGAGGAGUUCAACAAAGCUUUGCUAGAAAAGAAGUAUGUUGAUGCAGCCAACCAGUUGGAAAGGGCAAGGGCCAGUGUGGAUUCACUGAAGGGCUGGAAGACUUCCCAGCUGCUGCUGCUCAGUGCUCUCAGCUCAGAGCUGACGGUGCAAAGAGAAAACUUAAUUUACCACCUGGGAGACGAAUGGAAGCGCCUCGUCAUCUGGAGAUUACCGUCCUCAAAAGAACCUGCAGGUGUGAAGUCCUUCCUGAAGGUGGAGCUGAACCUGAGCCAUGCAUGCAAUAAGGACAGUGAAGCGAAGCCACCUGCUCUGCUAGGCUGCGUCCUGCAAGCUCUGGCCAUCCAGGGAGACCUUCAGCACAAGAUCAAACUCUUCAGUCAGGUGCUGUUGAAGACCAUGUUGAAGCCUUUGGUGAUGUACCCGUCGCUGUCGGUGAGGGUGUCGGAGCAGCCGGGUGAGGGAACCAUCAUGGCCUUGCAGUGUUUGCAGGAGAGCCACAAUGAGAAAUCCACUCCCUCACAAGUCUACAGCAAACUGCUCCUGGUGCUCAGGACGCUGCACUCACACCUACUAGAUGUGUCCAUUGGCGAUAGAAAGCUCUCAGCUAUCUUGGGGGAGUUGAUUUGGGAGGAAAUUUCCCAGUGCAUCAUCCAUGAGUGUCUGCUGUACUCCAUCCCCACCAACAACAGCCAGCUGGAGAAAUACAAAACUGUGAUUAAGGAAACAGAGGAGUUUGAGAAGUCGCUGAAGCAGAUGGAGUAUCUGCAGGGCGAUUCCACCGAGCUGCUCAAAUAUGCCCGGGAUGUCAACUGCCACUUUGCCAGCAAGAAGUGCAAGGAUGUCAUCGUGGCAGCCCGCAAACUCAUGACCUCCAAGAUGCACAACACAGUCAAAAUCACACCAGACUACAAGCUGCGUCUGCCCAAGCUACCUGCUCCAGCUUCAGAGCUGAAGGUGAAGCAAGAGACCAUAAAGGACGAGAUGACAAUGGAGAACACAAAGCAGCUGUCUGCGUGGAGUCUGUCUCUGCCGUCCUGUCGCAUCAGCGAGUCAGUGCAGCAGCUGAUGGAGCUGGCCCUCAACACCCUGUGUGAAGCCGUUGGAAGCUCCACACAGUGUGCAUUACAACUCUUCUUUACCGUGAGAAACAUCUUCCAGCUGUUCUACGACGUCGUCCCGACAUACCACAAGGAGAACCUGCUCAAGUUCCCUCACCUGGCUGCCAUCCAGCACAACAACUGCAUGUACUUGGCCCACCACCUUCUCACCUUGGGCCACCAUUUCAGAGCUCGCCUGCCACAGCCCCUCAGCGAGGGCGUUGCAACAUUUGUUGACAUGGUGCCCGGAUUCAGGAAACUUGGAGCCCAGUGCUUCUUGGCACAGAUGAACGUUCAGAGAGCCGAAAUGUUGGAGAGACUUUCCACCGCUCACAAUUUCUGCAACCUGGAUGAUGAAGACAACUACAUUGCAGCCAGCAAAGCAGUAAGACAGGUCAUCCAUCAGUUGAAGCAGUUGGGCACAGUGUGGCAGGAUGUCCUUCCAGUCAGCAUCUAUUGUAAGGCCAUGGGCAACCUCCUCAACACAGCCAUCACAGAAGUCAUCGCCAAAAUCAUGAUGCUGGAGGAUAUUUCCUCAGAGGAUGGGGAGCACCUCCACACUCUGUGCCAAACCAUCAUCGAGGAAGGGCCGCUGGUCUUCAUCCCUCUGGCCGAGGAGAACAAGAACAAGAAGUAUCAGGAGGAAGUGCCUCUGUAUGUGAGGAAGUGGAGUACCUUCAAGGAGCUGGUCAUUGUGCUGCGGGCCAACCUGCAGGAGAUAGUCGACAGGUGGGCAGACGCUAAAGGUCCGCUGGCGUCGGAGUUCUCCAGUUCGGAGGUGAAGAAUCUGAUCCGAGCCUUGUUUCAGAAUACAGAGAGGAGAGCUGUAGCUUUGACCAAAAUCAAAUAGAGACUUGGAGCAAAAGAAGAUACGACCGCACUAUUUCCUUUUUUGAGGAAAAUAUGAUUCAAGCCUUUAUACAUUUCCGUUGUCUGUUGCAUUAACAUAUGCAUUUCCAUGUGUGGUCGAACAGUUUGUCACAGCGACACAGUUGCCCUGUCUGAUGGAGUUAUAAGCCUUUUUGUAAUCAAUCCGUGGGAUAUGUUCCUUCUCUGCAAUUAGUCCUGCGGAGAUUACACGGAGGUUUCUUUACAUCAGCGACCUCAGUCCUAUAGCUUUGUGGGUUUACCAUGCCAAAACCCACAAGGUUGUGUAACCAGCAAUCUACCAUCUGUUGACAUGUGGCGUCGUAUCCAGAGUUAACUUUUUCCGCACAUUGUUAAUCAAACUCAGUCUCAGUUUGUCUGUACUGGUGUAAAUUGAGGAGAAAGUUUGUUUGAACCUUAACGUCUCUAACGGCCAUUUAGUUCUGACAAAGAUGCCCUUGACCUCGCAUCUCUAGCCAUUAAACUGAACUCUUCUAUUGUGUAUUUAUUACUUGUCCAAAUAAACCAAAAGACUCAACUUUU